CGCCGCGCCCGAUGGAUGAGAUUGGGGCGGCUCGGAGCUCCUCCUCCUCCUCGGGUGGCGGCGGAGGCCCCGCCCAGGCCCGGCUCCGCCCCUCUGGCGCGGUCUCCUAACAGCGGCGGCGCCUCCAUUUUCUGCUCCUCCUCCUGGCCCUCCACAAGCUGCUGCGGCGGCCCGCGACGAGGACCAGGAGAGCAGCCGCCCCUGCCGCCGCGACCCCAGCCCCCAGUUGCCGCCAACGGAGGAGGAGGAGCCGACGCGAAAGGGAGGCCUCGCAGCCCGGAGCCGAAGCUCUACAGCAGCAACAGCAGCAGCCGCCGCCUCCUCUUCGCCGCAGCCAUGAAUGAGGAGUACGACGUGAUUGUGCUCGGCACCGGCCUGACGGAAUGCAUUCUCUCUGGCAUUAUGUCUGUGAAUGGAAAGAAGGUUCUCCACAUGGAUCGCAACGCUUACUAUGGAGGUGAAAGUGCAUCGAUUACACCCCUGGAAGAUUUGUACAAAAGGUUUAACCUGCCAGGAUCUCCACCGGAGUCCAUGGGCCGAGGAAGAGACUGGAAUGUGGACUUGAUCCCCAAGUUCCUGAUGGCUAAUGGCCAGCUGGUUAAGAUGUUGCUGUACACAGAAGUCACUCGUUACCUGGACUUCAAAGUGAUUGAAGGCAGCUUUGUCUACAAAGGAGGAAAGAUCUACAAAGUUCCUUCCACUGAGGCAGAAGCCCUGGCAUCCAGUCUGAUGGGCUUGUUUGAGAAAAGACGCUUCAGGAAAUUCUUAGUGUAUGUUGCCAAUUUUGACGAGAAUGAUGCCCGCACUUUCGAAGGUGUUGAUCCCAAGAAGAAUACAAUGCGUGAUGUGUACAAGAAGUUCGACCUGGGCCAGGAUGUCAUAGAUUUUACAGGCCAUGCCCUUGCACUGUACAGAACUGAUGACUACUUAGACCAACCUUGCCAAGAAACAAUCAACAGGAUUAAAUUGUACAGUGAGUCUCUGGCUAGAUAUGGCAAAAGUCCAUACCUGUAUCCCCUUUAUGGUCUGGGAGAGCUGCCCCAGGGGUUUGCAAGGUUAAGCGCCAUCUACGGAGGAACCUACAUGCUGAACAAACCAAUUGAAGAGAUUGUCACAGAAAAUGGCAAAGUGGUUGGAGUGAAAUCGGAAGGGGAGGUUGCCCGCUGCAAGCAGCUCAUUUGUGACCCUAGCUAUGUCCCGGAGAGAGUGAAAAAGGUUGGUAAGGUGAUCCGGGUCAUCUGUAUCUUGAGCCACCCAAUCAGGAACACCAACGAUGCCAAUUCGUGCCAGAUCAUCAUUCCCCAGAACCAGGUUAACCGGAAAUCGGACAUCUAUGUCUGCAUGAUCUCAUCUGCACACAACGUGGCAGCACAAGGGAAGUACAUCGCGAUUGUGAGCACUACUGUGGAGACGAGCGACCCAGAAAAGGAGAUCAAGCCUGCCUUAGAGCUCCUUGAGCCCAUUGAACAGAAGUUUGUUAUCGUCAGCGACCUGUAUGCGCCAACCGACCUGGGCAGAGAGAGUCAGAUCUUCAUUUCUCGCACCUAUGAUGCAACCACCCACUUUGAGACAACAUGUGAUGACAUCAAAGACAUUUACAAGAGGAUGAUGGGAUCAGAGUUUGACUUCGAAGAGAUGAAGCGGAAGAAGAAUGAUAUCUAUGGAGAGGAGGACCAGCAGUAACAGUGCUUUUUAAGUCUUAAAGUUAGAGAUCUAAAUUGGCUGGUGUUUGGGGUGUGUGUCUACACAGAGGAACUUAAGUGAGCACCAUAUGAAGUUCAAUAUUGUAAAGCCUGCUUUUUGUAAUCAUAUCUCUUGAGAUUGAAAAGAGUCCUGCACUGGUAAAACGCUCCUCCCCUCUUUGGAUAUAAUCAUGUGCUAAUUACUCGUUAAACAAGGUUUCUGGGUCAAAAAUUGGCAGAGACUGACACUCUUGACUUUUUUAAGCUGUUGCUAACUUGGCUAAGGGUAAGCAGAUGUUAAAACUUCUCCCUCUGACCUAGAUGUGGGGAGGGGUGCAAGCCAAAACCACUAACACCCAUCUCGCCCCCUUUCUUUUGGUCUGUGUGCUUUAGUGAAAGCAAGAGGUGCCCUCCUGGCCAUUUUCUUGCCUUCAACCCACGCACAUCUGCCAGGGGCUCAUCCCACGCAGCCUCUUCCCAUCUAGUCUUAACGUCAUGGCAAGCUGCAUUCUGGCUAAAGCCCAUGGCAACUGUAGCCAUGUGGCAAGCAUUUCUACCCAGUGCGCUCUUCUUCCUCCACCCUGGCCCCCCUACUAAAAGCUUCUCAAACCGUUUACAUCUGUUGGGACACAACUGUUUUGUGUUUUUAAAGGCGAUACUAAUAAAAAAAAAACUUGGUGCAAGAACAAAACUCCAAAACAGGCAAGGUGUGUGUGCAAGUAUUUUCUCUCUCUUCCCCCCCCCCUUUUCUGUACCACGUGUGGGCUUCUCCAGUGGACCAAACUGCACUGCAGUAUUGAUUUGAUGGAGCCUGGGCUGCUGCUGUCUGGUGGGAAAGGCUCCAGGUGACUUCUGUACUGCCGAGUAAAGCCAACUUCUGGAAACGA